ACUAAUAAUAGUGUACCUUAAGGCUCUAUGAGUUAAUCAAAACCUGCUUUUAGCAAAUCAAAUUAAAAAAUGUUUAUAGGGUUACCAUACCAACGUGUUGUUUAGGUUGGUGCAGCAGGUUAAUCAAACAGGAAAAAUCAUUUUUGUAUGAUAGGUUAUAAUGGACGGUAAUAUUUGGUUAUCUCGUAUAAAAAAUGCUGAAAAAACAUCUAUUAUUCAAGAAGGAAAAAGAAAAUUCCACUACAAGUUCCCAGACACAGAAGAGAUGGUUGAGGAGUACAGUCUGGAUACAGGAGUGUUGCUCCGCAGGGCUUGGAAACGUAAGAGCAAGAUCAGAGGUGCGGGAGACUGGGAGGUGGAAAUAGGAGACCCUGAGCCUCAGUUUGGUGCUUUGGAUGACAUAGGCAUAAAGGAAAACAGCAGUGCUCCAUACGUUACGAGGAGGAUAACCAAAACCAGUUUAGAGUGGAGAAUUCGAAACCUACCGUAUCCAGUAGGGACCUACUCUGUCACUGCUGAGCCUGACGAGAAGUGCCUGAUCGUGAGGACAACCAAUAAAAAAUACUAUAAGAAACUACCAAUACCAGAGCUCGAGAGGGUAAAUCUAGUCCCAGUUCAAGACAACAUUUCGUUUUCCCAUAAAUUCAAUACUCUCAUAAUAGUGUACAAAAAGCCAGUUCAAGUGAUAGAACUAGAGCAACAUGUACAAGAGGAGCUGAAGUCAGUUGCUGCCUUAAAAGACGAUCAGUGUAAACCUAGUUAAAAUAAAUAUUUUAAUUCUA